GCGUACUUUUAUUACGGCCACAGCUGGAGGUGGAGCGGGGCUCGCACCGAGCGAGAAGAGGAGGUUCGGCUGUGCAGCCUGAAAGAGCCUUGGGAGGCGAAGCUGGGGGCCAGAAGGCAUGACCGCCGCUAAGGAAGAUGAGGUUCGCAAUCACGUGAAAGUGGUGGUCCGUGUCCGCCCGGAGACCCAAAAGGAAAAACAGAAGAACUUUAGCAGGGUUGUCCACGUUAUUGACCAGCACGUGUUGGUCUUCGAUCCAAAGGAGGAAGAAGUUAGUUUCUUUAAGGGGAAGAGGCUGACCCACAGGGAUAUUAACAAAAGACAAAGGAAAGAUCUUAAAUUUAUGUUCGAUGCUGUUUUUGAUGAAAUGUCGUCCCAGUUGGAAGUUUUUGAGCAUACUACCAAAACUCUGAUUAAGGACUUUUUAAAUGGAUAUAACUGCACAGUGCUUGCAUAUGGUGCAACGGGAGCUGGAAAGACUCACACGAUGUUGGGUUCUCCCCAAGACCCUGGAGUGAUGUACUUAACCAUGAUGACACUCUAUAACCGCAUGGAUCAAAUAAAAGAAGAUAAAAUACGUGAUGUCGCUGUCUCUUAUCUGGAGAUUUACAACGAACAGAUACGUGAUCUGCUGGUCAGCUCUGGACCUCUGGCUGUUCGUGAAGAUGCCCGGCAAGGGGUGAUAGUUCAAGGUCUGACAUUGCAUCAGCCUAAAUCAGCAGAGGAAAUCCUUCAGAUCUUGGAUUAUGGAAAUAAAAAUAGAACUCAGCAUCCCACACACACGAAUGCCUCCUCUUCCCGGUCCCAUGCUGUCUUUCAGAUUUACCUACAGCAGCAAGAUAAAACUGCCAACAUUAAUCAAAAUGUUCGGAUCGCCAAAAUGUCCCUCAUUGACCUGGCAGGAUCUGAACGUGCCAGUGCAACCAGUGCCAGGGGGGCUCGUUUCGUGGAAGGAACAAACAUUAACCGCUCCCUGCUUGCUCUUGGAAAUGUCAUUAAUGCACUGGCGGAUCCAAAGUGCAAGAAGCACAUUCCUUAUCGGAACAGCAAGCUCACCCGCCUGUUGAAGGAUUCUCUGGGAGGAAACUGCCGGACAGUCAUGAUAGCUGCUGUUAGUCCAUCUUCUCUGUUCUACGAUGAUACCUAUAACACUCUUCGGUAUGCCAGCCGAGCCAAGGAUAUCAAGCCUUCCUUGAAGAACAAUGCUGUUAGUGUGGACAGUCACAUAAACCAGUAUGUUAAAAUUUGCAACGAACAGAAGAAAGAGAAGAAAAAAGAAGAGGAGAUCAAACAUUUUGAGGAAAAUACCAAAUGGCUGCACCGUGUUGAAAACGAGAUGCAUCUUCUGGGUCGAGAUGGGUGUACUCCAAAGGAACUUCGUCCAGAUCUGCAGUAUUACCAUUUAAACCUGGAAGUUCAGGACCUGAAAGCCCAGAUUAAGCACAUGUUGGCUCUGGUGUCCCUUCAAGAUCAGUAUUACAAGCAAACAGAAAAAGUUCUAAAUACUUUGCUUCCAGUUCUUCGCAAGCAAUACCUGACUUUGAAAGAAGCUGGGCUGACAAAUGAUUCAGCUGAGACUGAGUUUGGGGAGGUUGAGCAGCUUAUUCAAAGGCAAAAAUCAGUGCCUUGGGCUGACCAGACCGAAGAAAAGGAUCAAAGUCCUGAAGUGGACCUGUCGGCUAUUUUUGCGUUCCCUCAGCUUGUGAGCAGAGCAAACACCCCGUGCUGUAAGUAUAUAAUUAAUUUGUUCCCUGUUGGAAAUGCUCCUAAAUGUGUCCUGCAAAAGCCAGAUGUCAUCCAUAAUGACACACUUCUGCAAAUAUUGAAGCCAAAUGUAAAACUGAGCCUCAGACCCACUUUCUAUGUAUUGUACACCGUUCUUAAUCGAAUACAGGAAAGAAGUUCACUUUUUCAAUAA